AAAUGGUUUAUUCUGUGAGCUACAGGGUAUAAACAUAUAAUCACAGAGGCGUGAGCCUGUACGUGAUUUCUAAAUAAACAAAAUAUAAUGCAGUAUUCAAAUAAAUUCACGAAUCAAGAUCAAUUGCUUUUAACAUAUUCCAAUAAAGAUAUAAAAAUCAGCAAAAACUCAAUAGCACAGUAAUGAUCACAGAUAAGUGCCCAUUCUAUACAUACAAUAAUAUAUCAUAAACUCAGGGGCGCACUCAUUCGGUCAGGAAGGAUUAUUAAUAGGUAUACAAUUUAUAUUAUAUAAUUCCGAAAUUUUUCAUAUCGAAUAGUUGCAAGUAUUAAAAAGGGAAGAGGUGAACUACUCUGAAGUAGAUUUCUUUGAGCAUUCGUCUAAUGUUGACUGUUACCUGCGAAAUAGUACCUUUUUCUGAGAAAGGAAAUAAUUUGAACAAAGGAAUGUUCCCGAAAUUCUUCACUUCUUUUGAAGUGACUAGACAGGCAGGUGUAUAUGAAAAUUUAUUUUAUUGGCUUUAGGGUUUUUGUAUUAGAAAAUAUCUAAACAUGUAUCUUUAUAGAUGUAAAAACUACAUGUAAUAUUUUCCCAAAACAAUUUAUUAUUUGAAGAAUAACUUUCAAUUCGAUGAAAAACUUCGAACAAAAAUAAUAAUUUAUUUGUUUGCAAAGGUUUUCAAAUAUUGAGUUGUUAUUAUUAGAAACAUUACUCAAAGAGACAUUGAAAAAGGGUUCUGCCCGAAACGUAUGUAUUUAUAAUUUUGACUUCUAUAAAAAGCACAAUAAAAUUUUAGCAAAGGACUAUCCCUAACAAUGAAAUACCUAACAGAUCAAAUAAUAAUUUGAUUUAUUUAAGCAUCAAAUUAGUCUCCAGGGUAUCCUUGGAGCUAAAACUAGAACUGAACUUGUAGAAGAAUAAGAUAAAAUGUGUUUGUAUAAGAAUAAAGUAGAGAAUUAUUAUGUUUGCUAAGAGAUUUUUAUUGCCAAAUACAGCCAUGUAUUUUAUAUUUUUUAAUUGCAUUAAAUUAAAAUGAAUGGAUAACAUCUUAAAUGUGUAACUCACAUUCAUUCCUCUAACUCUUUUCUGAAGAAUUCCAUAGUUCAAUUCAUUUGGUCAUUUGCGCAACUUUUUCAAAAAGGUAUUCCAAUAGUGAACGAAAGUUUCCAGUACCUUACUGAAAAUGUUGUUGCUUUUUUCACCCCAAUUGUAAACACUAAUUCAAAGUCGAAACUUCAUAGUCUAUCUUAGUUUUCAAUUUUAAUCAAAUUGGAUUGAUUUAUAUUGUCAUGUAUAAUUGCUUCUGUUGAUUUAUUAGAAUUUUUAUAUUCCAGGUUUUGAACUGAAAAAACUUUGGGAUUGGUUUAGACAUGAUUACGAAGAGUUUUUAGAUCACUUGGAGCAAAGCAUAUUAUACCAAGACCUUGAUAAAUACCCAGAGCCCGAAGGUUAUAAUCCCUUCGCUCUCGAUUUCCUUGAUGUACAGUGUCCACUAGAAAUCAUUAAGGAAGAAACAUUAACAGGGUAUGACGAUCAUGGUGAACCCGAAUAUGCGAUGAGUGAUGAUCUAUCUCACGAGACACUUGAUGAUAGCUAUAUGAACCAGUCAGAGGAGGAUAUACAUGACUUGGACACUCGAAAUGAGCACCAGAAUUCCAUCCCCAGCCUAGCAAAGGUUGGAAUUGUCAAUGAGUACCUCACAAAAGGCACAUUGAAUGACGUCCAUAAGGCUAUCGCAAGUGAUGAUCUUGGUCAAAACCAAUCUCAAAAUAUACAUGGAGUAGACAUGGUGGCGACAAAUUCAAACGGCCAAUUGGAAAAAGACGAUGUAGGAACUUCCAGGGUAGAGGAUACAUCUAGACCGGAAGAGAAUGGUGAAAACCUAGAGAGAAAAGAUGGUUGCUUAUCACCGGAUGGAAAGGGUCCAUCUGGAAUCGUUGAUGACGAUGAUAAUGAAAUGGAGGUUGAAAACGCUGUGGAGGUGCCAAUUGAAAACGCUUUUGAUUCGCAAGAGAAUCAAUUGAAACUUCGAACUCCUUCGAAAAUGCAAGAAGCUCCUACCAAAAACCCAAUCGGAAUACCGGAAGAUGGCGGUAAAUUUUCCGAAGAGGAAAAAAGGUAUCAGAUGGUGACGAGUUCCUUGCAAAGUAGAAGAGCUGAAGAGAAGAAGACAGCGAAUAAGAGGCAUCCUCCAUGUAGACGUAGACCGAUAAGGAAAUGUUUGUUUCCUUAUGACAUAUAAUUAUUGGAAGUGAAGAACCAAUUCACAAAAGGUGAUACAUCAACGAGAAGAGCAGAUUGACGAUUGCAACCAAACUUUUCAGGACAUCGCCCAGCGGAUUCAUUCAUUCGAGGACAAAAGAAUGAGAUCUGAGGAGUGUCACAGAAAACUGUAGAGAGAAAAAAUUGAAUCAUUUUUGAUUCUUAAGGAAAGAGGACCAAUGGAAAAGUCACACUGACUAGCAAGAGACGUAAAGGAUCUUCCAAACGACUAAAAAGGCUCUAAGCAAAUGCAGGGAUGAGCAACAAUGGAAGAUCAUAAUGAUACUUUGUACUACUUGUUUCGAUUUUUUACAAACUGAUAUUUUAAUAGUUUAUGUCAAAUAAACGAUAUUUUUAUUAUGAUUAUUUAAGUGAUUCAUGCAAUUUUUUCAGUGAAGAAUAAACUGUAA